AUGGCGACCAAGGUUGUAUUGGAUGUCUUUGGGCCACGUGUCAUUCCAGGCGGAAUUGAAGAGUCAGCUUGCUUUGUGGGCGAGGUCAUGUUGCAGGCUGAACUCGAGAUGAACAUGACGAUUUUACACCCAGGAAGAUCAACAUGGAACAUGAAAAUGGACCUUUGGAAGACUGUUUUCCUUUACAUCCCAGUGGUUUUCAGGUUCCAUGUUAAUCUUUCAGGUGUCGAGCCAGGCUGGCGGAAGCAUGAAGCAUCAGGAAGUUUGCCAAUGCUUAUAUACAACUUUGGCGUCCCUUCAGCUGCGGGACGCAAGCCCGCUGGACACAAUCGAUGUUUAAUCCUCUAG